AUGUUAUCACAUUAUAUUACUAAAUCUAGACUGGUUUAUUCUACAAAUAGACUACUACAAAACAAUUCUGGUCGAGGAAAUCAAACUAUAAAGACUCGCAGCGGUUGCGGUGAUGAAAGUGAAAUUGAUUGCUGGGCUGUCGUAAUAUCAAUUCUUCUGAUUAUUAUUAUAUUCAUGAUUGUGAUUGUAACAAUUUAUAUGACCGUAGUAAAGUACCAACGAAAACAUACAUCGACAGAUUGUAAUUCCACUCAAAUCGAUGGUCAAAACAAGAUACAUAAUAUAACAGCAACAUUAAAUUUAUCGGUUAAUCCUUGUGAAAAUUUCUAUCGAUAUGCAUGUGAUCGCUAUAUAGAAAAUAAUCGUUUACUACAGAAUUAUACGCAUUGGAGUCCAUUCGAUGAAAUCUUAAAGGGAAAUUUUCUCCUCGUUCAACAAUCAAUUUUAAACUUAACUGAAGAGAAAUUGAACAGUAGUAAAGCUAAUUGUAGCCAUCCUACCAAAAAUAUUUCCCUGUAUAAAUUGAGACAGUUUUAUGAUUCUUGUAUAAAUUUAACCACAAUUGACAGAAUGGAUUCGUGGCCUCUGUUAGACUUAAUACAGCAAUUGCUUCCACAUAACCAUCGCCACGGAAUUAAUAGCACCCUAUCCAAACAUGGAUCUCAUGUCAAGAAACAAUCUCCUACGAAACAUUUUCAUCGAAUCUUAACGUUGUCUAUGAAGUGGAAUGUGCCGACUUUAUUUCAAUUUGUUAUUCAUACUGAUGGUCGAAAUUCCUCAAGAGAAAUUUUACAAAUCCAUCCACCGAAAUUAGAAUUUUUCAAUUUAACAUACUACGAUGACCCCGGCAAGAUACAAGUCUAUCGCAAUUACCUAAGACAGGUUUGGCAGCAUUUACAGUCUACUUGGCAUACAUCGAUAUCUUUAAUGGAUCUAGAUGAUAUCAUCCAAAUUGAGCAGACUAUUGUGAAAUUAAUGAACAAUGAAAAGAAAAAGAUUCAACGUAUUCCAAUUAUUAAAAUUCAGAAAGAAUUAUGUAGCAAGGUAAACUGGAUUGAAGUAUUAGAAAGUAUUGCACAAAUAAAAAUUGCUUCUCACCUUGAAGUUGAAAUAUAUAACGAAGAUUAUUUUAGAAAUAUGUGCAAACUAAUUGAAGCAAUAGACAAACAUGUCUUUUCCAACUUUGUCGUCUGGCGUUCGAUAUCAUCUUUUAUUCCUUACUUAUCUACACCAUUAGUAAAAUUAAAAGAUGAUUUUACUACAGCAAUUAAUGGCUACCCUAAGUCCAUCCAGCCACGAUGGAAAAUGUGUAUAAAGUGGUCUGAUGAGAAUUUUGGGGUUAUUACUAGUUCACUCUUUGUUCAAGCAAAUCAAGUUAAGCUGGAAAAAAUUAAAAUGGUUGAAAAAAUAGUUAACGAAAUUAAGACCCUUCUCUUAUCCAAAGUCGAAGAAUCUCAUUGGUUGGGUGCCAGACUUAAAGGGGAAAUGCUUACCAAGAUUCAUGGUAUUUCGUCUAUGAUUGGAUUUCCUGAAUGGAUACUUAAUGACACUGGGCUAUUAAAUCAAUAUUCGGAGGUUAGGGUAAAGCAGGAUUGUUUCUUUGAAAAUAUAAUGAAUGUAAAGGCGUUUAAUUUUAAAGCCAAGCUUUCAACCAUCGCAAAACCAACCGAAAUAGGACGGAGGUGGUUAAUCAAUAUCGACUCAAAUAAUGCUUUGUAUUAUCGUGCCUGGAAUUCGAUAGGUAUUAAGCAUGAUCGAUAUGGCAAUAUCAUGACAUGGCUAGACAAUGAUAUUUUAAAGAACUAUAUCAGUAGAAUCCAGUGCUUUGCUAAUCAAUAUUCAUCAUAUAAAUUAGAUGAGAAACAUAUGAAUGGUAAUUUGACUGUGUCUGAAAAUAUAGCCGAUUCUGAAGGUUUAAAGCUAGCCUACAAGGCCUAUGAAAUCAAUUUAAAUCAAGCUGAAAAUUCACCUUGUGGAAAUGCAGAGAAAAAUGAUUUCACAAGGAAACAGUUAUUCUUCAUACAUUACGCUCAGAGUAUGUGCAGGACAUCGUUGCUAAACUAUUUGCUAAACUUCGAGAUGACUGAAUUGCAUAGCCCCAAUGUUUUCAGGGUUAUUGGUUCGUUAUCUAAUCUUCAUGAAUUUGCUGAUGUAUUUGAUUGCCAAGCAAAUUCUCCCAUGAAUCCAAAGGAUAAAUGUUUGCUGUUAUGA